AUGUACAAUGGUGUGGGUUUGCAGUCGGCCCGCGGGUCGGGGACGUCCGGGUACGUCCAGACGAACAAGUUCAACCUCCGGCGGCACCAGACGCACCACCAGGUGGCCGAGGGGAGCAAGGUGGACCGCCUCGCGCGGAAGCCGAACCAGGACAUCCUCGACCAUAACAGGAAGAGGGCGAUAGAGGUGAAGCUGUUCGAGCUGCGCGAGUCCCUGGAGGAGCAGGGCGUGGACGAGGAGGAGAUCGAGCGGGAGGUCGCGGAGAUGCGAAAGACGAUGGAGGAGGAGAUGGCCAGGGAGCAGGCGCAGCAGGAGGAGGCCACGCGCCGCGAGGAGACGCACGCUGUCGCAGCACGCAAAGAGCGGCAAAUGGAGGGCUUGAAGUCGGCCCUCGGGCUCGGCGACGUCAAGGAGGGCGAGGCGUUCGACCAGGACCUCCAGGAGCAGCGGCGGCGCGAGCGCAUCGAGGCGCGCGAGCGCGAGGUCGAGGAGAGACGGCGCGCUGAGGAGGAGGCUCGCCGGCGGGCGAGGAAGGAGAAGAAGCGCGAGGAGAAGCGGCUUCGCAAGGAGGCCAAGCGCGCCAAGCGGGAGGCCAAGCGCGCCAAGCGCGCCGACCGCAAGCGCAGCCCCUCACCGUCCUCCUCCGACUCCGGCCGCUCGCGGUCCCGGUCCCGGUCCCGGUCCCGGUCGCCCGCCUCACGGUCGCCGUCGCCUGCGCCAAGCCGCAGCCCCAGGCGGCGCGCCGACAGAUCCCCGUCGCGCUCUCCAUCAGCGUCGCCAGCGCGCUCGCCGCGGCCCGCUUCGCCCCCGGAACGGUCGCGCUCGCGGUCGCGCUCGCGGUCGUGGUCCGAGCAGGAUAUCCUCGCGCGGAUUCCGUCGCCGCUGCCGGCGGACGAGCUGCGGGAUCGGGGCCGGUGGGGGGACGGCGGCGGCGCGGCGCAGGACGGUGGGUGGCGCGGGGGGGCGCGGGGGAGAGGCCCGCCGCGGCGGCGCGAGCGCGGGCCGAGCCCGAGGUAUCGCGAGCGAUGA